AUGGGUGCACAGGCACCAGAUGGAAGAGACGGACAAGAGAGAAAAAGAAAGAGCAAGAGAUGGACAGCGCGAGCGAAAGCAAGACCAAGCGUCGAUUUUGCGGUUUUGUGGUUUUGUGGUUUUGUGGUUUGGGGUUUAAUGCGGAGAUUGCGGUUGGUGGCGACUCUUUUGGGCUGUCUGUCGGGAAAACUUCGGGGGGCAGGGGAUCUAUUAUCCGGCCGACUCCUUAGCGAAAGAUGCAAGGUGCGUCUGUGGUGUCGACGUUUCGGAGCAGGGCUUCUUGGCGUGGUGUCAUUUGCGAGAUGGGAGGUAUAUGAAGGCGCAGGAUGGCGUGUUUCUCGCUCGUUCCAUUUGCCCUCUAUUACACUACCCUCAUUGUCACCACCUACACCACGUCGUUCCCAUCACAUUCACGACAAAUUCACCACAGCCUCGACGUCGUCACCAUAUAACCUCUGUCGUGCCCAUCAUACCCUCAACGCCGUCACUACUUUCUCCGUCGUGCACACUCACCACGUAAUUACCACAACCCAUCGUCACAAUAUGAAACGAAUCACAAACUUCACAUCCCGCCUCACCGCGGCGCUCCCCAAGUUCUCCCCCCUCAGCAUCAAGUCCCAGCCGUCUCCCUCCCUCACAGUCGACGAAAAUAAACCACUAACCCCAGAACAAUCGUCUCCCACAUACAAGUCGCUCCAGAAGGACUCCCAGGGCGCCUCCCAGACCGGAGGCUCGGGGCUCUUCAAGUCCUUCCUCUACGGCUCCGAGGAGGGCAAAAAGGACAUGGCCGACCUGGAGCAGUCCUUUUCCAAGGCACUGGUGCGAGGCAAGUACGUGCACGAGGUUGGUAUCCAUUCGGUCAUCCCUGCCGCCGCCCCCGAGUACCUGGACCUCGUCUCCAAGUACUACCCACUUAUUGCCGCCAACCCCGAGCACAAUGUCAACCUGGUGGGCUCGUGGAGACACGUGGUCGGUGACCAGGACACGUACACUCACAUCUGGGAGUUCAAGGGCUACCCAGGCUUCCACAACUCCCAGGUCUCCAUCCACAAGGACCCGCUCUACAUUGAGUAUCUCCAGAAGCUGCGACCGCUGCUGAGAUCCCGACAGUCUCAUCUCAUGCAGGAGUUCAACUUUUGGGGCGGAACCGCCUCUCCUCGACAGUAUGGCGGUAUCUUUGAACUUCGAACCUACGACCUCAAGCCCGGCAAGCUCAUGGAGUGGGAGACAUCGUGGAAGCGUGGUCUUGAGUGCCGAAAGCAGGUCAUGGAGCCCGUGGGCGCGUGGUUCACCAACCUGGGUGACAUCCACCAGGUACGGCACCUGUGGCAGUUUGCUGACCUCGAACACCGACGAAUCUCACGACAAAAGUGCUGGGAGCUACCGGGCUGGUCCGACACGGUCCACGAGACUGUCGAGCUCACUCAGAAGAUGCAGUCCAACAUUCUCGUUCCUCUGAGCUUUUCUCCUCUUAAGUAA